GCCUGCCACGUCGACUACCACCCUCGUGGCCUCAAAAAUAUCCUUCUUCUAAUUCUAGUGAGAGAAAGUAAUCUCUAUAUAUAGAUAUACAUAUAGAGAGAGAGAGAGAGAGAGAGAGAGACAGCUCAUUUCAAACGGAGAGGAUUUUUGGGGAGAGAGAGUGUGUCUGAGCUCUGGAGGGCGAAACUAGAAAGCGGCGGCGAUUCUAGAGAGAGAAAUUGGAGAUUUUUUCAGGAGAUAUUGAUAUUGUAGAGAGAGAAAGUGGAAGAUGAAGAUACAGUGCAACGUGUGCGAGGCGGCGGAGGCGAACGUGCUCUGCUGCGCGGACGAGGCGGCGCUGUGCUGGGCGUGCGACGAGAAGGUCCACGCUGCCAACAAGCUCGCCAGCAAGCAUCAGAGAGUUCCGCUCUCUACAUCCUCCUCUAACAUGCCUAAAUGCGAUAUCUGUCAGGAGACAGUUGGCUAUUUCUUCUGUUUAGAGGAUCGAGCAUUACUUUGCAGAAAAUGUGAUUUGGCCAUACACACAGCAAACACCUUUGUGUCUGGUCACCAGAGGUUCCUGCUUACUGGAGUGAAAGUUGGCCUAGAGCCAACUGAACCUAUUGCUUCCACUUCUUCUGGCAAGUCACUUUCUGGGGAGAAAAGGUCAGAAAUAAAAUCUCAUCCUGUGUCUAAGAGAGAGACCCCAACUCCAUCAGUUGGUGAUUGCAAGGUAUCGAGCGUCAAUGUUGGUGGUGGAGGUCAAGAUUUUGCAGCACCGAAGGUGUCAUUUACCGGGGGUUCCGCAGCUGGUAGCAUUUUGCAGUGGCAAAUAGAUGACUAUAUUGCAUUAUCUGAUUACAACCAUAGUUUUGAGUACAUGGAUAAUGGAUCAUCAAAGGCUGACAGUGGUAAGCUUGGAGACUCCGACGACUCAGUUUUUAGAGCAAGCGAGGAGGAACUUGACAAUGAUGAGUGCUUAGGUAAGGUACCCGAGACAUCCUGGGCUGUGCCACAGGUACCUUCCCCACCUACAGCCUCGGGGUUAUACUGGUCAAGAAGUUCUUACAGUUCAUCCAAUUAUGCUGCAUUUGUUCCCAACGUAUCCCCCUCCCGCAUGCAAAAUGCACCCACUUCUCAAUUUAAUGGUUCUAUCUCGAAACGGCGGAGGCAAUUCUAAACCGUGCUUACUGCUUGCCUUACGAUUCUUGAGUCGGGCUUCAUAGGAUGGGCAGCGGGGUGAUAGCCUUUCACUGCUUUUCCUCACUGAAGCGGAGAAAGCAGGAUGACCAAUGUGCCUGUGGUUUCCAUGAGAGGACAAAUUGUUGGUCUCACUUUCUGUAAGGGUAUUCUCAAAUUCUGACGCCCAUGCAAAAUAGUGUGUUUGGUUGAUGUGUAUAUGUAGGGUUUCUUAUAUAUGCAUCGACUUACCUUAGUAGGUUUUGAUUUCAAUAGGGCUUUGAAGUUGUUUCCUCAUUCAUUUUAGUUGGAGAAAUUACCGUCAUAUUUUGUUACGUGGUAGAUUUGAUCUUAUAGACCUUGAAGCUGGAAUGUUCUUACUUUUCUUUACACGAUAAAAUCAUAGGGGACUAUGUUGUAUGAUCAAUUCUAUUUUAUUUGGGUGCUGCGUUGCUCGAUUAAAGGGAAAAUUCAGUCUUCAGUUGAUUUAUGGUGUGAUUUAUUUUGUGUAAUAACAGAUGGAGGUCUAGGUAGAAUGUGCAUUGAAUGCUUUCGAAAAGCAUUGAAUGGAGAAAGCAACUCUUGAUCUUGAAG